UCCUCCAGCAAGUUAUCGAGUUCACCCAAAAAGCAUGGCCUUUCGAUCUUAGCAGUUUCCAGCAUGAAACGUUCAAACAAUUUCAUUUUAAUCGUGAGUCGCUGGUAGGGUGAUACGGUCAAAAUUUGGUCAAGGGAAAACGCGUGUAAAUCGGUGAAAACGUUUAUUUAAAAAAUCAAAUUAAAUUUCUUUUUCAAGUUUAAUUAGUAUAAAAUUCAGGAAAAAUAUUCAGUUAGGCUUCCGCAUUUCCAAAUCCGAAUUGCCGGGCCUUACGCAUAACCCCUGCCAUCAGAUUUUGUACAGCCACCUUGUCCAACUUCUUCGCCGCAGAAAGCCAGUUAGCCUUGACCUGCUGCUCGUCCUUAGCAGUUUUUUGGUCUUCUUUAGGUUCUGCUUGACAAUAGCUCAGUAUUUCUCAAUUGGACGGAGCUCUGGCGUGUUGGGAGGGUUCUUGUCUUUGGGAACCACCUGUACGUUGUUGGCGGCGUACCACUCUAUGGCCUUUUUACCGUAAUGGCAAGAUGCCAAAUCCGGCCAAAACAGUGCGGACAACCGUGUUUCUUCAGGAAAGGCAGCAGACGUUUAUUCAAACACUCUUUCACGUAAAUUUCUUGGUUGACAGUCCCGGAAGCUAUGAAAACGCUGCUUUUUAAGCCACAGGUACAGAUGGCUUGUCAAACCAGAUAUUUCUUCGCGAAUUUUGACAGUUUUAUGUGCUUGAAAAUAUCUGCUACCUUCCCCCUUCCUUUUGCCGUAAAAAACUCCUGUCCCAGAAGCUGCUUGUAGUCGGCUUUGACGUAGAUUUCGUCGUCCAUUACCACGUAGUCAAACUUCGUCAGCAUCAUCGUGUACAGCCUCCGGGAUCGCGCUUUGGCCGUCGUAUUUUGUUUAUCAUCGCGAUUUGGAGUCACUACCUUCUUGUAAGUCGAUAGUCCGGCUCGUUUUGUGGCUCGAUGCACGGUGGUAGACGAUACACCCAGCUUAUUUGCGGCAUCUCGGAGAGAGAGAGGUUAGGGUUUCGCUUGAAACUACCGGCAACUCUCUUUGUCGUCUCAGCGGCUUCCGGCUUUCGAUUUUCCCCCGAUCCAGACUUCCUGGCUGUCGACAAACGUUCCCCAAACACUUUAAUUACAUUGGUAACGGUUGAUUUGGCAACUUUUAGCGAUUUUGCCAGCUUUGCGUGCGAGUAGCUCGGAUUUCCGCGAUGCGCGAGCAAAAUUUUGAUACGCUGCUCUUCUUCCUUGGGCGACAUUUUGACAAUAGAAGAGUGAAUUCCAAAAUCAAAAUAGGAGCAACAUUCUACACACACACACCUUCAAAAUGAGGGGUGUUCAGGUUUUUUAAAUGCAAAAUUGAAAGAAAUACGUCAAGUUGAUAUUGACCAAAUUUUGACCGUAUCACCCUUUAGUGAAAGGCUGUUUGAUGAUGGCCAACAGACUGGUGAUUCCGUUCGGUUUGUGCCAACGAACACUCAAGCAACUUCACUGAAGGCACCCUUGUAUCGAAAGGAUGAAAGCUGUGGUCCGUACAUUCUGUUACGAACCGUCGACGUGAUUAGACGUAUCAAUUAUACGCUGCUCGCUGAUUUUUCUGUUUGAUUAGUGCAGCUGUUCUUCUCAGAACGGCUGAUUCAGUGCUACUUUAUAGUCUUUUUGUGUGAAAAGUUAACAACCGGUGAUAGUUUUCCGAGUGAUUAGUCACCACCGAUCCAUCAUGAUGGACCCAAAUCCUCCUUGGGGAGGUCAUUCCGGACCACCGGGUUCAUCCAACAGAAGGACGGUUCCUGUUUGGAUGGACCCGAAAGGAAUUCAUGGAGAGAUCCAGUUUCUGGUUCUCAAGCCGAAUCCCGAAGCCAAACUGCCCAAUCCUUUCAUCAUCGCUAAAACGAUAGACCAAACCGUGGGAAAAAUUGAUGGAGCCAACCCAACCGAUGGCGGCAGCUCCUAUCUUCUCAAAGUGAGGAAUCCAAGUCAGGCAAAUAGUCUGAAGAAACUAUCUAAGCUGAUUGAUGGUACCCCCGUCACCGUCACAGAUCAUCCAUCCCUUAACCUCUGCCAGUGCGUCGUUACCUGCCGAGACGUUUCAGGUCUUAAAAACGAAGAACUCCAGGAAUAUCUAUGCGAUCAAGGUGUUACGAAGGUCUAUCGCUUCAUCCGCAAGGUAAAUGGAAAGGAGGAGCCGACCAACACAAUGGUGCUGACCAUAAAAGGAUCAACCCCCCCAAACCACAUCUUUUUCGGGUACAUCCGUGUCCCAACCCGUCCUUAUUAUCCUCGUCCGCUCAUGUGCCUAAAAUGCGGGAAAUACGGGCACACCAAGCUGCGCUGCCAACACAACCCCGUAUGCCUCACCUGCGGGGAAUCCGAAGUCCAUAAAGAGUGCCCCAAACCACCACGAUGCAUCAAUUGUGAUGGUCCUCAUGCCGCCAACAACAGAGUGUGUCCGAUGCAGAAGGAGGAACAGGAAAUAGUUCGAAUCCGUGUGGAUUUGGGUAUUUCCCAGGCCGCUGCUGUUAAAGAGUUUCGGUCCCGACAUGCAUCUGCCCAAAACCCUCCCAGCAAGAUCCAACAAAGACUCGAAUCCAAUCGUUCCCUAAAACCAUCUGACGAUAAAGACGCUAUCAUCAACCAACUGCAGGCCCAAAUCGUCAAACUAACCAGUAAGAUCCGGAAAUUGGAGGAAAAGAACGAAUCUAGUUCCGAAGUAGAUUCGGACAGUACGAUGAUCAGCGUAUCCAGCCAAUCCACAUCCCAGUCGACACCGAAACGCAACCGUAACGGUGGAUCAUCCGGAGAACAAUCACCAGCCGAAAACACAUCUACAACCGGUACCAAGAAGAAACGAGUGUCCCAACCCAACAUCCGAAAAAGCGCAACUCCUGGAAACCACCCCUCGGCAGACUCUUCCUAACACCUCCGGUAAGU